UCUUUUUCAACUCGACUGCAGCGCCAUUAUUUCAGUGGCAUAUUGGUUAAGUGGGUAAAGUAGAUCGCGUUUUAAGCAUUGAGUUCUAAAACUCAAUGUUUGUUCACGACUAAUAUGAAAGAAAAGAAACAACAGCAAGCUUGAAGACUGUUAAACAGAUUAUGAAGAAUUGGACGAAGAUUUAAGAAUUUAUACCUUACGUUCUAUUAUGCUGAAAUAUAUGUGAUAUCAAUUGCUAGCGUAAAUGAUGUGUAGCAUAAUGGAUUCAGUGUCCAAUACACUUGGUAUUGAUAAAGUAAAUAUGGGUGGAAAAUUAAUAUUAAUCGAAGAGCAACAUGAUAGCAAUGCAAACUUCUUAUUAAGUGCAGUUAUCUCGAAUGCGCUAAAGAAAGAUUAUGGAAUAUGCUUUGUACUUUUCCAUAACACUUUCAACCAUUAUCAUAAUGUGGGUAUGAAAUUUGGCUAUAACCUUGCCUUAUUAAAAGAAAAGAAUAUAGUUACUUUUAUAGAACCAAUAAAAAUCGAAGCACUUGAAAUGGAAAAUAUGUAUAAAAAAACAAUGAACAAAGUAAUUGAUAGUUUAUUUAUGACUGUUAGAAAUGAAUACAGUAAAAUGAUGAAACUUAAUAAUCGUGUGAUUAUUAUAAUUGAUGAUUUAAGUCAUCUUUAUAACUUUGGAUUUGAUUUAAAACAGUCUAUGUAUUAUAUAAGAUGGUUAAGAUCACUCGUUGAGAAUGAUAAUGUAUCCCAACUUUGUAUUCUGACACACACCUAUAUACAUGAAGUACAAAGCUGGUUUAAUACGUUUAUAGAUGCUCUUAAAUAUAUGGCUCAUUUAUAUGUUAAAGUUGAGCCUUUUAAAACAGGGUAUUCCAGUGAUGCAUCUGGCAAAAUGACAAUUAAUUGGAGGGUUGAUCCCAUUAGAUGCAACCAUAAUUGGCCAGAGGUAGCAAAAUACAUAUAUAAAUUAUCAGACCGUCAAGUGCAAAUUUAUGCAUCUGGAAUAUGAACUGUAUCAAAUAAAUUUUUAUAAAGCUGG